AUGCGGGUCGUCGUCGUCGACCUCGACGGCGUCGACGGCGCCGAUCUCGCGCUCGAGCGCGCGUACGAGCGCGCCGCGGCGCUGGAUGACGGCGCGACGCCCGCGACGACGUACGCGCGCGACGUCCGAGCGCCGGGCGCCGCGGACGGGUUCAUCGGGGACGGCGCGACGGCCGCGAUGGCGUCGAGGACGUGCGCGCGGGCGUGGACGGCGCUGCGCGCGGGUGGGACGGUGAUCGCGCGCGGGGGCGACGCGGCGCGAGACGCGGCGGUGCUCGCGGGAUUCGCGGACGUCGUCGUCGACGCGACGCGAGGUGUGGUGCGAGGAACGAAGCCGGCGUGGGCGCGUGGGACGGCGUUUUCGUUAAAGUCGCGCGCGGUGCGGGUGGUGACCGCGGACGCGGGCUGGGGCGCGGACGCGGACGUCGACGACGAGCUCAUCGACGAGAGCGCGUUGCUCACCGAGCUCGACGUGAAUUCCACGGCGGUGAAGUACGACGAUUGUGACGUCGGGGCGGGGAAGAAGGCGUGUAAGAACUGCACGUGUGGACGCGCCGAGGCGGAGGCGGCGGAGGAGAGCGCGAACGCGAAGAGCGAGGAAACAUUCGUGAGCGCGUGCGGUAACUGCGCCCUCGGCGACGCGUUUCGGUGCGCCGGGUGUCCGUAUCUCGGCCAACCCGCUUUCAAGGAUACCGACGCGGUCGGGACGAAAGUCGAGCUCGAUCUCGGGGACGACCUGUGA